CCGGAAGUGACGCAUAGGACGUGACGCGAGCGGCGGCAGCAAAGGCGGCCGGGGGCGGGGCUCGCUCGGUCCGGCGCCCGGCCCGGGACUGGACGGCUUGUGACAGUUCUAGGGGGUAGAAGAAAAAGUGCUGGACUUGACCCUCCCCAGCCAUGUGACCCUGGGCAAGAUACUUCACCCCAAUGAGCCUCAGUUUCCUCACCUGCAAUAUGGGGAUAAUAGUCCUUCCACUCUCUCCUGCAGAGGGUUGUUGUGGCAACAAGUGUUUGACAGAACUUCAAGGAGAAGAUUCCUCCUGGGGACUUUCGUGUGUAACUGCAAAACCCCCGCUCUGUUUGCCUGACCUGGUGGGGAAGCACAUGGAAGAUGGCGGCACAGGCUAUGCGCUCUCCCUGGUGCUAGAAGCAAUGGGAUCAGAUAAUUGGGAAGGAAGGAGCAACCAGUGAAACCUCCAUUUUUGCAGAUGACGCCAAACUCUCCUGGGGAUGGAAAUGCCAAGCGGGGAACGUACUGUAUGAAGGUCCUGAAGCCCUUUCUCGCGACGACGGGACUUCAAUCCGGCACUUCUCUGCACAUCUCCCCCAGUUCUUAUGCACACCCAUGGCACAAUGAGCAGCCCUCAGGAGCAGCUCAGCUGGUCUUCCUCUCCCACCUUGACCUUGAGUGAAAACAGAGCCUUUGGGGGGCUCCAUGACGAGCGCCCGUCCCCCCGGAGCCGCGCUUCUCCCAAGCUCUUCGAGGAUGUGGGGGAGAAAGGGGUGCUGCGAGCCGAGCUCACGGAGGGCAUGACCAGCCCCAUCGCCACAACAGCGCUGACCAGCGUCAGUGAGGACUCGAGGGACCAGUUUGAGAACAGCGUUUUGCAGCUCAGGGAACAAGAGGAAUCUGAGACAACCACUUCUCAGAGCAACGGCCAUGCAGGCAACGGGGAGAACACCAGCGGCACAGAGGACGUUAAGAUCCAAUUCAGCCGAUCGGGCAGUGGGAGUGGCGGCUUCCUGGAAGGACUGUUCGGCUGCCUGAGGCCUGUAUGGAACAUCAUAGGCAAGGCCUACUCCACCGACUAUAAGCUCCAGCAGCAAGAUACUUGGGAAGUCCCCUUCGAGGAGAUCUCAGAGCUGCAGUGGCUGGGCAGUGGAGCCCAGGGCGCUGUCUUCUUGGGCAAGUUCCGAGCGGAGGAGGUGGCCAUCAAGAAGGUGCGGGAGCAGAAUGAGACAGACAUCAAGCACCUUCGGAAGCUGAAACACCCCAACAUCAUCGCCUUCAAGGGUGUUUGCACCCAGGCCCCCUGUUACUGCAUCAUCAUGGAGUACUGUGCCCACGGACAGCUCUAUGAGGUCUUGAGAGCUGGAAGAAAGAUCACACCCCGCCUGCUAGUGGACUGGUCUACAGGGAUCGCCAGCGGCAUGAAUUACCUACACCUGCAUAAGAUCAUCCAUCGGGACCUUAAAUCUCCCAAUGUGUUAGUCACUCAUACAGACGCAGUCAAAAUUUCUGACUUUGGCACCUCAAAAGAACUCAGUGACAAAAGCACGAAAAUGUCCUUCGCGGGCACUGUGGCGUGGAUGGCCCCCGAGGUGAUCCGAAAUGAGCCAGUCUCAGAAAAAGUGGACAUCUGGUCUUUUGGAGUGGUGCUCUGGGAGCUGCUGACGGGGGAGAUCCCGUACAAAGAUGUGGACUCGUCGGCCAUCAUCUGGGGCGUGGGCAGCAACAGCCUGCACCUGCCCGUCCCCUCCACAUGUCCUGAUGGGUUCAAGAUCCUCAUGAAGCAGACCUGGCAGAGCAAGCCCCGAAAUCGGCCUUCUUUCCGCCAGACGCUUCUGCAUCUCGACAUCGCCUCUGCAGAUGUGCUCGCCACACCACAGGAGACCUACUUCAAAUCUCAGGCCGAAUGGAGGGAGGAGGUGAAAAAACACUUUGAGAAGAUCAAAAGCGAGGGGACUUGCAUCCACCGGCUGGAUGAAGAGCUCAUCAGGCGUCGCAGAGAAGAGCUCAGGCACGCACUGGAUAUUCGGGAGCACUACGAGCGGAAGCUGGAACGAGCCAACAACCUGUACAUGGAGCUGAGCGCCAUCAUGCUGCAGCUGGAGGUCCGGGAGAAGGAGCUCAUCAAGCGGGAGCAAGCGGUGGAAAAGAAGUAUCCUGGCACCUACAAACGGUACCCAGUGAGACCCAUCAUCCAUCCCAAUGCGGUGGAGAAGCUCAUGAAGAGGAAGGGCGUGUCUCAUAGGCCAGGGAUGCCAACAAAACGGCCAGACCUCCUGCGUGCUGAAGGCAUCCCCACCGUGGAGGUGGCUCCCCACGCAUCCCCAGUGUCUGGGAGCCCCAAAAUAUCGACUCCGGGCAGCAAAGGCCGAUACCGCAGCAAGCCCCGCCACCGCCGGGCCAAUAGCAAAGGGAGCCAUGGUGACUUUGCGGCCAUCUUGAAAAACCAGCCAGGCCAGGAGGCCUCUCCUCAGGGCACACCCCCCUGCCUGCCUCCUGCCCCCCUCCAUCCUCCCUAUCAUCACAGCUCCCAGCAACAGCCGUACCCCCAGACCUCGAAGCCCUCACCCCACGACCACCACCCCAGGCUCAACCUGCACGGACAGGACAUUGCCAACUGUGCUAACAACCUGAGGUACUUUGGGCCGGCGGCGGCCCUGCGCAGCCCACUCAGUAAUCAUGCUCAGCGGCGGGUGUCCGGCUCCAGCCCUGACCUCAUCUCCACAGCCAUGGCAGCGGAUUCUUGGAAGAGUUCAGAGCCCACAGGGGGCCUGGCCAGCCCAUGGGCCUGUUGUCAGGCAGACCCCUAUGACCCCUACCUCCAGUGCCAGCCGGAGCCCUGCCGGCCACGGGAAGCAUCUUCGGACCCAGAGGCCCAGAGCUCCGGCCUCCACCGGCCCAUGUCCCCAGCCCCCCGGGGCCUCUGUGAAGCUGGGCAGGGCUCCGAAAAUAUGGAAGGUCCAAAAUUACCCGGCUGCCCGUCUGUGUCCUCCUUCAGCCCCACCCAGCACAUGACCCCGCCGAUGCUACCUCGAAAAACAAGACCCCUUCAGAAGAGUGGAGACGACUCUUCGGAAGAAGAAGGAGAAGUCGAUAGUGAAGUUGAGUUUCCCCGAAGGCAGAGGCCCCACCGCUGUAUCAGCAGCUGCCAGUCCUACUCGACCUUCAGCUCAGAAAACUUCUCGGUGUCGGACGGCGAGGAGGGGAACACCAGCGACCACUCCAACAGCCCGGACGAGCGGGGCCGCCGGCUGGAGGCGCGGCUGGCCGAGGAGCGGCUGGCCGAGAAGCUGGAGGACCUGCUGUCCCAGACCCCCGAGAUCCCCAUCGAGAUCUCCACGCAGUCCGACGGGCUGUCGGACAAGGAGUGCGCCGUGCGCAGGGUGAAGACGCAGAUGUCGCUGGGCAAGCUCUGUGCGGAGGAGCAUGGCUACGAGAAUCCUGGGCAGUUGGCGGAAUCCGACUGCGACUCAUCGGACGGGGAAUGCUCGGAUGCCACGGUCCGGACCAACAAGCACUACUGUUCGGCCACGUGGUAAUGACGGGCAGGUCUCCUCGGCCCAGGCUCCCCAAGGCGAUCGAUCGGCAAUAACGGGGACACGAGAGCGGCCGCCCCGUCCUGGGGGCGCUGGUGUCCAAAUGAAGUGAAUAGCAGGGAUCUCUUAGUGACUCAAGCUACUGUAACACGAAUAUUUAUUUUUGUUUGACAUUUUAACACUUUGUACUGUAAAGAGUGAACUAUAUAUGGUGUAUGUAUAUAUUAUAUAUACAUAGAGACACAAUAAUUUGUUGCAAAAAAAAAUUUAAGAAGGAAAAAAAAUUUAGGAGCAACGUCCCUGGAGUUUAUGGGGCCCGGAGUCAGUGCUGCUGACUGAAUAGGGGACCAGGCUCUUGGGCCUUAGCAAUGAUGGAAAAGGCAGAGCAAAAUCCCACUGAAAAAAGCAGGGAGCAGAAAAGAAAAUCCAGCAAUAUCACGUUGUUUGCAAACAGAUUCCCCCCAGCUGAGCGCCUGGCAGGAGGAGGGGCCCAGGGCUCUUAAGGGAGGCCAAGACACUUCCUUGGAGUGGGGCUUCUCCUGUGUCAGGGGAGGCUGAUUGGAUUUGAUUUGAAGCAGCAUCCGGGCUGUGUGGUCCUCAGCCAGUGGUCCUGUGAGCUCACCGGCCACCCCCAGUGGGACCUGGACAGGCGCUGACCUCUCGCACAGCUCAGGAGGGCCCGUUUGCAGCUUGGCUCUCCUCCAUCUCCUGCCCACUUUGCCCAGGAAGGGAGCAGGGGCACCUGGGGCUGAGGUUAACGAUUCCAGGACGCCAACUCAGCUUUCCAAUAGCCAUUCCAAACCCCGUCCCUUCAGUUUAUAUUUAUUAAUUCUUUACUAUUUAGAGAGCCUCCGAUACCCACCAGGUCAGGCGUUAGUCUACAAGAGCCAGACAACAUGGGAAAUCAAGCAGCUGACAUGAGAUUCCCCAUUCUACAUCCUCCCAACCCCCCAAACCCUGAAACAGAAUGUGAUUGUAAAUGUAUUAUCCUUGGUCAGAGAACCAUCAUGCAAAGUGCUAGGCCUGGAGAGGAUCCCUCCUGACCUGUCAAGGUGGAAGCCCACCCACCUCCAGGCCCGGUUUGGGAACCCCUUCCAGGGGCACUUCCUAAUGCUUGGGCUGAAAAGGGAAGAAGACACUAACUUCAGGGCAGACCAGUGUUAACCUGGGUCUUACCCCUGGCCCAACUCUGCUUCUCUCUCUCUCUCUCUCUCUCUCUCUCUCUCUCUCUCUCUCUCUCUCUCUCUCUCUCUCUCUCUCUCCCUCCCCCACCCCACCCCCCAUCUCCCUUCCCCCACACUCCCUUUCUUUCCUCCCAUCCCCCAGGACUAGAAAAGUGAGGUGUUUGGCAGCACCCUGCCUUUAUAUAUCAAGGCAUAAAGAUGGUUCCAGAUCAAAGCAGCGUCAUUCCCUCCCACCCCCUCCUACACACACACACACACACACACACACACACACACACACACACACACACACACACACACACACACACGCACAUGUACACAUGGGCACACACAUCCCUCCUGUGGGUCUCGCUGGCUACACCAGUUUAGGACCCAGGGCAGGAGGUGACUUUGGGCCAGUUUCCUUUACUCAUUGGGUCUAUCUGUUUGUUUACACAUAAUGUUGAGACAUUGAUUUUAAUUUUGUGGCUAUAAUUAAUAGCCCUUAGAUAGGAUCAAGGAACAAUGGGUUUCCUUCUCCGUAGAGCAGUAUUGUACAAGCUAAAUUAUUCCAUUUUAUAAAAUUUCUGUAGCUGGCCUACACGAAAGAUCUUAAGUUAUGGCAUUUUUAUCAUUAUUGUUUUGUUAUUUUGUCGUCAUUACCGUUGUCACGAUCAUGUUUCUGUCGAUCAGAAGGCUUGGUUUACAGUGGAACACGAUGGUUGCGUAUUUAUUGCUGACAGUGAACUGUGUGACUUUAUAAAGGAACAAAAGAAACAGAAGCCGAGGGGAGCUGUCCCUGAUUGAUCCUUGGGAGUGUGGCUGGUCUGAUGCCUAGAACAAUCUCCUGCUCCUGCCUCCGGGUCUGGCCUGGCCUUGCAAAGCCUCCUCUAGUGGCCUUUAGAAGAAAACACCCCCAGCCUCUCACCGUUGCCAGGAGAGGCCUGCCCUGCCAACCUUAGGCUACUCAGACAGAUGCCACAUCAGACCCCCCCCCCCCCCAACAAGCUCUUGCAAUGGCAAUAAGAAAUGGCAAUAAAACUCCUAUCUUCCCUCCCAACCCCAGAUACACACUAACUUCCUUACCUCUUAGAUAACCGGGGGGAGGGGGGGCAGGGGGCAAACGACCCAGUCUCCCACCCAGCCUGGGUGUGGCCACGUGAGGCCUGGGCCUGGUGUCAGGAUGCCCUGCCUGGCAAAGCUCAAAACUCCUGCUUCUAAAUGGAAGGAGAGUCUGGGCUUCGUCAUCCCCCACCCCUCCGUUAUUUUCCCACCUACCCUAAAACUGAUAAGGUUGCAUAGGACCCAGCCAGUGGUCUGGGGCCCCCCCUUAGACUCAGAAUGCCACCGUCGGAAGGGUCCUCCGGAGUGUAGCCUGGCCCUUGCAGGCCAACAGCCCAGCCCCUGGGGAAUGAAGGUCUCGGUUUUAUUUUAUACGCUUAUGCCCCUUGUCUUUAUGUCACGGGAUGGGAGGGCCUGUGACAAAAUUAAAAUGAGCGAGCUGUCAAAAGCAGCAACUGCACCAAAUUUCCCUGUGUUCCGAGUUGGAUUUUUUUUUAAAGAAUUUUCAUUUCAGCAGCAGGUGCAGAUGUAGUCAUCUCCAUUCUCUUGUGUGGAC